GUUCAAAGGCAAACCCAAAUUUUAUGCACAAAAAGGCCUGGUUCCGUGAAGUUGCAGUCAACCAACCCUCAACUCCUAACUUUGCCCUGAUUCCCAAACAAUUUUUUAGGAACCCCAAAAAAAAAAAAAAAUCCAAGAAUGUGCUAGAGAAUUGAGAAAAGCGUGAAAGAAUAUAAAAGAUUCAUUUUUUUUUUUCAAUAUUCCAAGUUGAUUGAAAAGUCUUAUUCGAAAAAAAUCCGUUUCUCAAGAAUCUAACCCAACCAAUUUCCUUACAUUGUUUAGCGGUUUUACGGUAUUUUAGAGCCUUGUCUUUUUUGUUUUUUGUUUUUGGGUUUGUUUAGAACCUUAAAAAUCUACAACCAUGUCGCAGACUAACUGGGAAGCCGAUAAAAUCUAUUGAUGCACCCGGGGGUUUUUUAUUUGAGUGGUGGUCUGUAUUUUGGGAUAUUUUCAUUGCGAGGACAAAUGAGAAGCAUUCAGAAGCUGCUGCAUCUUAUAUUGAGACUGGCAGAAUCAAAUGGUCAAGGCUCGAGAGCUGCAGCAACAGCAACAUUAUCAGAAGCCUCAGCAGAUGCAGAUGCAACAGGUCUUAUUGCAGAGGCAUGCUCAGCAGCAGCAGCAGCAGCAGCAGCAGCAGCAACAGCAGCAGCAACAACAACAACAACAGCAGCAGCAGCUGCUGCUGCAGCAGCAAAGAGAAGGGACUCAGUUAUUAAAUGGUGCUGCCAAUGGGCUUGUUGGUGAACCUCUCAUGAAAGAGAACGCUGCAGGUGCAAUUUCUGCCACAAGAAAGAUGUAUGAUGAGAAUUCUAGGUUUCCACGGCAGAGGGAUUCAUUGGGUGAUGCAGCUGUGAAGCAAUUAGGUGAUAAUGUGGGCCAGCUUCUGGAUCCGAAUCAAGCCUCAAUGAUGAAAGCAGCCUCAAUGGGUGGCCAGCCUUUGGGGCAAACACCGCAUGGCACAUCUGGAAAUAUAUCAGGUACUCUUCAGCAAAUCCAAAAUCGAGGUCAACAGAUUCCAAUGCCCACUCAGGAUUCAAAGAGUGAGAUCAGUCCAAUGUUGACUCCAAGAGCUGCUGGUCCUGAUGGAUCGUUAAUUGGAGUCCAUGGAUCAAAUCAAGCUGGUGGCAAUUUGACAUUGAAAGGAUGGCCUUUAGCGGGACUGGACCAAAUUCGAUCUGGGUUUCUCCAGCAGCAGAAAUCUAUGAUUCAAUCAUCUCAGCCCUUCAAUCAGCUUCAGUUACAGCAACAACUUCUUCUUCAAGCACAGCAAAACUUGUCAUACCCAUCAAAUGAUUUGGAAUGCAGAAAAUUGCGAAUGCUUCUGAACAAUCAGAUUAUGGGUCUAGGAAGGGAUGGCCAGCUAAAUUCUCUUGGCGAUGUGGUUCCCAAAGUUGGAUCACCUAAAGUUGGUUGUCCUGCACUGCCUCGUGGAGACGCCGAUAUGUCAGUUAAGUUACAGCAGCAACAACUGCAUCACAAUAAUCUACAGUCACAACAAUUUGCACAGCAUCCACUUUCAAGUCAGCAGCCUCAGAAUUCAAGUCACCAACUCCAGCAGCAAGAUAAAAUGAUUGGUGCCUCCAGUAUGAUGCCUGAUAGUAGCAUAUCAAACACCUUUCAGGGAAAUGACCAGGCUUCAAAAAAUCAAGUUGGCCGAAAGAGGAAGCAGCCAGGGUCAUCUUCAGGUCCGGUCAAUAGCUCAGGAACUGCAAACACCACUGGACCAUCUCCGAGUUCACCUUCGUCACCAUCUACUCACACACCAGGAGAUGCUGUUUCAAUGCCCACUUUGCCACAUAAUAGUGGUUCCUCCAAGUCUUUGCGUAUGUUUGGCUCUGAUGGUUUGGGUUCCCUUACAUCAGCUCCUAAUCAGCUGGCUGAUAUAGACCGUUUCGUGGAUGAUGGGGCUCUAGAUGAUAAUGUGGAGUCAUUCUUAUCUCAUGAUGAUCCAGAGCCUACAGAUAGAGUUGGUCGUUGUGGUGAUGUCAGCAAAGGCUUUACAUUUACGGAAAUUCGGCUUAUCCCUGCUAGUACAAGUAAAGUAGAAUGUUGUCACUUCUCAGCAGACGGGAAGUUGCUUGCUACUGGUGGCCAUGAUAAAAAGGCUGUUCUGUGGUGCACAGAGUCUUUUGCAGUUAAGUCAACACUUGAAGAACAUUCUCAAUGGAUAACUGAUGUCCGCUUCAGUCCAAGUAUGUCAAGGCUUGCUACUUCUUCAGCUGACAGAACAGUUAGGAUCUGGGAUGCUGAUAAUCCUGGAUAUUCACUUCGCAAUUUUGUGGGACAUUCUACAACUGUUACAUCAGUUGACUUUCACCCUAUCAAAGAGGACCUUAUCUGCUCCUGUGAUAAUAAUAGUGAGAUUCGAUAUUGGAGUAUCAAGAAUGGUAGUUGUGCUGGAGUUUUAAAGGGCGGUGCUAACCAGGUGAGAUUUCAGCCCCAUGUUGGAAGGUUUCUUGCAGCUGCAGCAGAUAAUUAUGUUUCCAUACUUGACGUAGAGACCCAAGUUUGCAGGUUCAAAUUACAGGGCCAUAAAAAUGUCGUCCAUUCUGUGUGCUGGAACCCUACAGGUGAGUUUGUGGCAUCUGUAAGUGAUGACUUGGUGAGAGUAUGGACGGUUGGAUCUGUUGGCAAAGGGGAAUGUGUUCAUGAAUUAAACAGCACUGGCAACAAAUUUAACUCUUGUGUUUUUCAUCCUAAUUAUCCUUCCCUGUUGGUUGUUGGCUGUUACGAGAAUCUGGAGCUUUGGGACAUGGUUGAAAAUAAGACGUUGAUAUUACAUGCACAUGAGAAGCUAGUCUCUGGCUUGGCAGCGUCAAAUGCCACCGGUAUGGUAGCCUCAGCUAGUCAUGACAAGUGUGUGAAGCUCUGGAAGUGAUCGUCUCCCUCGUUUGGUCCACUUUACUGUUAAUGGUAUAGUUUCUUCACUAUAUGUAGAUGCCGAUAACAAGUUUUUCUGACAGGUCUUUUGUACUUGUUCAUGUCAACAUUUUUAUUAAGCAUGAAAAGGGGUCUUAGAAUUUGGUGCACUGCCAGUCUCGGUUAACUUCGGGAUUUCACGUCUUUUUGUCAAAGCCUAAUGUUGUUGGAUCAAAAUGAAACACAGUGAAAGAUGUCCAGCACUUGCACCAAUGCAUCGUCAAUGCAAGUCCUUUCUCAUUACUUUUAUCUCCACAUUAACUUUAGAAGAUUACGAAGCUUAUUUAUUUAUUUAUUUAUUAUUAUUUAACCUUAAUUGUUAUUGAAAAAAUUGUUCAACCUUUAAGAAG